GAGGUGCAAAUAAUUCAGGCAUUAAUCAAGGCUGAGUGAAAGGAGGGCGGAGCUCACUGCUGCUUGCUGCCUGCCCUCCUGUGUGAGCGAAAGAGAAGGUGUGAAAGGAGGGAGAGCAGAGGAGAGAGGGAACAAGGAAACAGGCGAGGGAACGAGGGCAUCGUCACACUCACCAUGUCGGGGCCCGGCAGCGAGGAGGCCCACUCCGUUGAACAGAAUGGAACUGUUCCUGGAGAACCCGUCAAAAAGGAUGAAAAUCUUAGAAGAGGAAACUGGGGGAACCAGAUCGAGUUUGUUCUGACAAGCGUGGGUUAUGCUGUAGGUCUUGGAAACGUCUGGAGGUUUCCCUACCUCUGCUACCGGAAUGGAGGAGGCGCCUUCAUGUUCCCAUACUUCAUCAUGUUGGUGUUUUGUGGAAUUCCUCUGUUCUUUCUGGAACUCUCCUUUGGUCAGUUUGCUAGCCUGGGCUGCUUAGGCGUCUGGAAAGUCAGCCCAAUGUUCAAAGGAGUAGGUUACGGCAUGAUGGUGGUCUCCACCUAUAUCGGAAUCUACUACAAUGUGGUGAUCUGCUUAGCAUUCUACUACUUCUUCAUGUCCAUGACUAAUCUGCUUCCUUGGACCUACUGCAACAACGCCUGGAACACACCCGACUGUAGUGGGGUGGCAGGUACUGGGCGGCCCAGUGCCAAUGCAUCCUUGGCUAACAUAACGGCCACAGCCUCUGGCGUGGUCUCCAGCAUCACCGAGCUGGUUAAUCGGACCAAGAGGACUAGCCCCAGUGAGGAAUACUGGAGAUAUUAUGUGCUGAACGUAUCGGACGACAUCGGGAAUUUUGGGGAAGUGCGGCUUCCGAUCCUGGGCUGCCUGGCCAUCUCCUGGAUUGUGGUGUUUCUCUGUCUUAUCAGAGGUGUCAAAUCCUCAGGAAAGGUGGUCUAUUUCACAGCUACCUUCCCCUAUGUGGUGCUGACCAUCCUGUUCAUCAGGGGCAUCACCCUUGAGGGAGCCAUCAACGGCAUCAAAUACUAUUUGACCCCGCAGUGGCAGAAGAUCCUGGAUGCCAAGGUGUGGGGAGAUGCUGCCUCUCAGAUCUUCUACUCCCUGGGGUGUGCUUGGGGUGGCCUGAUCACUAUGGCAUCCUACAACAAAUUCCACAAUAACUGUUACAGGGACAGCAUCAUCAUCAGUGUCACCAACUGUGGCACGAGCGUCUAUGCUGGCUUCGUCAUCUUCUCCAUACUGGGCUUCAUGGCCCACCACCUGGGCGUGGAUGUGUCCGAGGUGGCCGACCACGGGCCCGGCCUCGCCUUCGUGGCUUACCCAGAAGCCCUGACCCUGCUGCCCGUCUCCCCACUGUGGUCCCUGCUCUUCUUCUUCAUGCUCAUUCUCUUGGGUCUGGGCACACAGUUUUGUUUGCUGGAAACCCUGGUUACAGCCAUUGUGGAUGAAAUUGGAUCAGACUGGAUCAUCAAGAACAAGACGGUGGUCACUCUAGGAGUGGCGAUUAUGGGAUUUCUGCUGGGGGUUCCUCUGACAACACGGGCUGGCAUCUACUGGCUGCUCCUCAUGGAUAAUUACGCUGCCAGCUUCUCACUGGUCAUCAUCUCCUGCAUCAUGUGUAUCUGUAUCAUGUAUGUUUACGGCCACAGAAGCUACUUCAAGGAUGUUGAGAUGAUGCUGGGUUUCCCCCCUCCGAUCUUCUUCAGGAUCUGCUGGAGAUUCAUCUCUCCAGUCAUCAUAACGUUCAUCUUGAUCUUCACGGUCAUCCAAUACAAACCGAUCACAUACAACGAGUAUGUAUUCCCGGACUGGUCUCUUGUCAUCGGCUUCUGCAUGGCCGUGUCCUCUGUGAUUUGCAUACCACUCUACGGCAUCUACAAGGUGGCCACUUCGGAAGGGGCCACCAUGCUGGAGCGGAUCAAGUAUGCUGUGAAGCCUGAUAGGAGCUGGGGCCCAGCCUUGCAGGAGCACCGGAUUGGGCGCUACGCUGGGGGGCCAUGUGGAGCUGUGGAGGCCUGCACUCUGAAGGAGGAGGGGAAGGAGAAGCAAGAGGAGAUCAGGCUCUCCAUCCAGGGGGCCACCGGCCCCAGAUGCAGCAGCAGCAGCCUGCCCUGUGCAUAGGGCCCAGAUCCUUGGAGACCAGGCACGCUGGGGGCUCUUACAUAUUGUAAGGGCUUGUUAUAUCUCACCUGCAGACCGGUCUCCACCUUGGGUCUUCAUUGUACACAGAAUUUAACAAUGCAGUUUUAUUUUUUUUCAUAUACAUGAAAAUGUAGAAAGGUGCCAUGCACACUGUUUGUACAUCGCACAAGACGUAGGCCAGCGACAUGCAAGGUCUUCUUUCCGAGGUGUGACAGAGGAGAGCUAGCUUCCGGUGGUCAGGGCCACUGAUGCUGGCAGUUUAAGGCUGGAGACCAAAUAUUCUUCUCACUGCUGUUAUUUUCCAGGUAGCGACACUCGUGUGUGUUUGCUUGUGAUCCCUGGGCCUCUGCCGGCUCUCUCUCACUUGUCUCCCUGAACCAGCCGCUGUUUGGCACCAGGUGCUGUUUUAACGAGUCUAGGUCUUGAUUCGCUUUCAUUUUGGCACAGCUCUCUGGUCGUGAAGUUAAUGCAGUUUUACCCUCAGUGUUAUACUCUAUAAACAGUGUUUUAUGUUUUGAUUAAGUCUCACCAGAAGGUUAGUCGGUCUGGAAAACAAUAUGAAUGAGUUUGGACUGCAACUUUCAUAACAACUGGUUGGAUUGGUUCUUCCCACACCCAUUCUCAGGGUCAUAGCUUUUGUAACGGCUGCCCUGAUUGGUCCUUCCCCUGCCCAUUCUCAGGGUCCCAGCUUUGUAACAGCUGCCCUGACUGGUUCUUCCCAAGUCUGAUCUCAGGAGAGAGCUGUCUCUCUAGCACAAGCAGCUUCCCCUAGCUGCAGCGAGAGAUCCUGAGAGUCAAGUAGGAGCAGCCAGUGGCUCAAAGUAAAAUGAGUCAGUGUAGCUCAGGACCUCAGGUGCCGCUUCUGUAGGGCCAGUCCAUCCCGGCUUCCUUCUUUGUUAGAUGCGAAUGGAAGGAGGAGGUUUCUUCUUCUGAAGGUGAAGUCAAAGUCAGCCAGGACCUCUGUUACUAACAACCAGUAUUAACUGCCAUGUUGCCAAAAAUACAGCAACUAAAUUUUCUUAAGUAUAAGUGUAAAAUUACAAAACGUAUUUUUGACUUGUGUUUUUGCAGAGGUUGUCUUUAGGCAGAUUAUAGCAAUAGGUUGUGUGACCGGACUUGGAAUGGGAAGCGGGAAGCCGCGUGGCCGUCUGCACGGCGAGGGAUGAAAUGACAUCAUCCAAAAGGCAGGACGCCAUUGGUGGAGUUCGGCGUUUCUCUUUAGUCGUCUGUUCUUGUAACUGUAGUGUUAUUGUUCCCUUUUAUUAUUACGUAACACAGAAGUUUGUUGUUUGUGAAACAUAGAAUCUUGAGUAAUAAGAAAUGUUCACCAUUUCCCAUUUGUGACUGAUGGUGCAUGUGUUUCCUUCUGGCUGCACGAGAGAGGAGGCAUAGAGGAACACUGGAUUCAGGAUGGUGAAUUGUCACCGAGAACAGCCGUCUUCAAAAGCUAGUAAUAAAGGCAGGCCAGCCUGUCCCACUGAAGUAUUAUGGCAGUUUAUGCUUAUUGUGUGUGGUUACAGGUAGCGGUCAACUAACUGGAAAUGACAAGGAAGGCCUGGCCUUUACUGUACCUGGAAAUGACAAGGAAGGCCUGUCCUUUACUGCAUCAUGUAAAGUUUUGGUCAACAAAGUAGAAAAGGCAACAGCAAUAUUCAGUUGCAGUUUCGCUAAUUUAGUUUGCUGCUAGAGACAGGAAACAGGCCACGCCAGGGGCCUCUCUGCAAGAGGAAGGUGGAUGUAUAGAUGGAAGGAUGGAUGGAAGCUUUUAGCUGCCUGUUCAGUUCAUAACAGUAGCAGCAAGUUUUUGUUUCAUUCCAUUUCGAAUGGACCUUAUGGUACAAGAAAUAAGUAAAUAUCUCAAGGUGCCAUCUAGAACUCAGGGGACUAGUUAGUCUCGGGGACUUUUACUGAGUAGUGGAGCCCAGCAGUCAGUGACGGCCGUCAUCUGCGGCUUGUUCCCGGUCCUGCUGGUCGUCGGGCCGCUUCUGCUCGCGGCUCUUGGUGGUUCACGGGCCGGCAUGGUGACGAGGUACCCUCACUCACGCCACUUUCAUCAAGCAGAAUGUCCUGUAGUUUACCAUUAAUCUGCCUGCUGUGUAUUUGUUGUGUUUUUGUGCUGUUCGGGAGGGAGGUGCUAGCGGGGGACCUGUACUGAAGGUAAUCCUCGGGGUUUUGUUUAAUUUACCGUGGAUUUUGUGCCCCAGGCUGAAUCUAGUUACUUGAGGAUGGUAUCUGUGUUGGUGUCGUACGUGCCAUUGUAAUCUGUAUGUAACUGCUCAUCUGUUUUUUCUAACAACCACAAUCUACCUGCAAAAUAUAUGUAUAUAUAUUUUAUUUACGCAUAAAAACGCAUUUGUGACAAUUAACUAUUCUAAUCCAGACUCUUUGACACUACUUCUUCCAAGUAAAAAAAAAAUGCUGACAUGAAAUGUUUUGCCAAACGAUAAAACAUUGGAACAAGACUUGAACUAAAAGGGUAAAAGUUGUACUGUAAGGUGUCGGUCUUUGGUGCCGCACCAGAUGGGGAUGGGUUCACAGCUCAUGAAGACCAACAGCCAGCAGGGUGACAGAGGAGGUGGGGCACCUUCAGCAUGUCAAUCCAAACCAAAGCUGGCGCGCGUCUGCUUCCCGGAGGCUAGGGGGCGCUCUCAGCAGUCCCGCUGUGCUGCCCCUAUCACUGGCACUGAUCUGGAACCCCUUUUUAGUUAAGUGUUGUGGAGGUUCAGCUAACUCCGCAUAUAAAAACUCACACAGACAUGGUGUUUUUUUUUUUGAUACUACUACGUUUUACACUAUUUUCAUAACUAUUUAAUGAAAUAUGUGUAGAUUUAAUAAGUAACCGGUAACCAUGGCUAAAACUGUGACGUUUCCCAGUGACUUUCUUGAAAGCACUGAUAGACAUACUGAACUUGCAAAUGUUCAUACUGCUGCAGCACUUUAAAGUCAUUUGUGUUCAACAGCAACAAAGAUAAUGAAGUCCUGACGUUUCUGCCUUUCGAAGGCGUGAUGCCACAUCCCAGUGCACAUUUACAUCCGGGGACAGCGGGAAAAGCACAAAAGAAUCAUUAAUAGCAUCUAACCAGAGUUUUAGGGCCAAAUGUCGUUGCAGAUGUCUUUAGUCUUUUCACCUGUAUGUGUUAAACUGUUCAACUUCAAAUGGUAAAUAAAGUUCUAUUUUAAAAAUUGAUAA